UUAUAUUUCUACAUUGCACAUGUUGGUUGGGGUUUGGCGCAUUUCAUAUUGCCCCUAAUUACUAUAGUUGUUCCUAGCUGGACUCUCUACAAUGUUGCCAUAACUGUGCCUUGCUUUGUACUUUUAGUUCUUUUAUGCUUUCUGAAUGAAACACCCGAAUCGUAUGCAGCAAGAGGUUUGUGGCCGAGGGCACACUCAGUGAUGAGAAAAGCAGCUAGGUGCAAUGGCUAUUCCUUGCAAGGUGUCGAACAAUUCUCACCACAUCUUCUGAUUCAACAAAAGGAAGAAAAUGAAUCCAAUUUUACUUGGAAAAUAGAAAACUAUCGUCACACCACCGAGCGCAUUGUAUUAUUUAUCAUGGGGUUUCUAUCAUCUUUUGUAUAUUUCACAUCCAUAUGGCUAACUGAUUGGCUGCAGAAAAAAAGGGUCUCCCAUUUUGCUUUGUCCGGCACCACAGAAGUUGCCGCUGCUCUUGUACUUCUAUUUUUUGCCUACUUUCUUCCCGUCAGGAGAAUGUGGGGACUGGCAGCAUCAUGCACAUCCAUAUUUCUGAUAGUAAUGUAUUCGAGAGAAAAAGCCGAUGUGCCAAAGCUAUCUCGAUCUUCAUAUCUUAUUGAGAUGUUUUUUGCUGCCACUGCCUGGACUCUUUUAUUGUUGCACGUUUUAAAUCAACCACUAAAUUCUAAAAAAUCAAAAUGUAAAUCAAUUACAAUAGGACUUGGCUUGUGUUUCGGACUGUUAGCAGCUGCACUAGCAGAUUUCCAAAAACUGAUUAUGUGGAACAGAAGCAUUUUAUUAAUCCUCAGUGUGCCAAAUCUGAUUAUCGGAGUUACAGUUGGACUUUUUCCUAAUAGAUUCCUAGAUUGCUUAGACAUGUGAAGCUGAUAAAAAAAUAAUUAUUAUAAGCACGUCAUUGUUUAAUAUGCAUUCGAAAAAAGAAAAAAAUUAAAGGCUGUGAUAUUGUUGGGAUCAAUUCAAUAAGAUCAAAAUAAAAGUUUAAUGUUA